GUACAGCUUGCCAAUGAUAUGAGGGAGGAUGGCACACUCCAUGCCUAUGGCAGGGGGCGUCAGAUUCCCAAGCGCAUAUAUUCACUGGAGGAAUUGCGACUGAACAAAAUAGAAGCAGAGAAAUUUCUGUCACCGAAAGAUGACACCCUCGGUACAGUGCGGACGAUUCUCCAGGGAGGCGGGCUGCUGGGGAUUGCUGCGGCAUACUUUGGCUUACAUUGGGAGCUCUCGCAGCUUCUCGGAACGCUGGCAGGGCUUGGCUUUCUUUUGACAGUAGAUCAGGUAGCAAAUGGUGGUGGACUGGAGGCUUUGUUGAUCGAUACGGCUGCGAGGACUAUCAACCCCAGCUAUGGAGAGCGAGUUGCAACCCAUGAAUCGGGCCAUUUUCUAAUUGCAUACCUUGUGGGGCUGCUGCCGCGCACCUACACACUGUCGUCUCUUGAUGCAUACAAGAGGUAUGGCGCACUCAAUGUGCAGGCAGGCACUUUGUUCUGCGACUCUGCGUACCAACGAGAGGUUGCUUCAGGGACGCUGUCCAGCACAAGCCUGGACCGGUACUGCUGUGUGGCAUUGGCGGGAAUUGCAACAGAGUACAUCAAGUAUGGACAGGCAGAAGGAGGGCUUAAUGACGUACAGCAGUUGGACGGCCUCUUGAAAGCACUGCAGUUCACACAAAAGAAGGCAGAUGGUCAGAUCCGUUGGGCAGUACUGAAUGUGACUGCCCUUUUACGACGGUAUUCCCGUGUGCAGAGUCAGUUAGCUCAGGCCAUGGCUGCUGGCAAAUCUGUUGGUGACUGCAUUGCCCUCAUUGAAGCACAAUCAGAACCAGAACCAGAUGCAAGCAACUCACAAUUGUAAAUCAGUGGUCUCGC